CAACGAUGCAGACUUGAGAGAUUCUUUGUGUCUGUUGCUGAGAUGGAUCCAGAGGAGCUCUUUCCCGAUGCCCAGAAAGAGGAAAGCAAGCUCGGAGCUCUGGCGCCAGAGACCGGCAAACUCUCUCGCAAGGAGAGCCUCAUGAAAAGUCUCGCAGAAAGUCUCGAGGCUUCCACUGCAGCCAGCGGAUUUGCAGCAAGUCCGCUAGCGGCAUUGGCAGAGAAGAACGAAGACGCAGAGGAGGCCGGUGAUGAUGUCAUUGGGGAUUUGCCACAAAGCCUUUUGGGGAGACGCACAGUAUCUCCAGAUGUCGAAUCACUGUUGGGUCCAAGCUCUUUGCCAAGAAGUGGUGCCACUGGUGUUGAGAGUUUGCGCCAAAGCCUUGCAGCCAGCUUGGAGGCUUCGGCUUCGUCCGUUCCAUUGUCUCCUGACACUCACUCCAGCCCGGAUGCAGAUUCUGUGGACCGCAUGCAGGACUUCGGCUUGCUGAAAGACGCAGAUUCUGUAGCCCGAUUAGAGCACUUGGGAAGCCGAAGCUCCAGCAAAGAAUCUGAGAGUGUCGUGUCGGCCCCCGUGUCGGCUACCUCCAGAGCCAAAAGUAAGGAGCUUCUGCAGAAGGGCAGCACAGCCUCGCUGCUCCAAAACAUCACUGGUGGAGCCGGUGGAACCAGGGUGCACAGACUAGACCGGGAAGAACUCAAGCGAUUAGGCCAAGAAAUCAAGGAUAUCCAUUCGACGUACCAGGACAAGUUCGUUGGCAAGAUGGACUACUUUUCCCUGCUUUCACGAAUGGCGAGGAUAGAAGAAUUUAUGGAGCAUCAGCUUGGCAGAGGAGGCUCUGUCACAUCCGUCAUCGAGACCCUCAUCAAAGAAAGCAGGAUGCAUAUGGCAGAAAAUGAAAAACUGCAUCGACAAAUGGAUGAAUUGAGUAAAGCCACAGUGGGAAACACUUCUCGCAUUCGUGACGACUCUCAUCGAGUUGAGAAUGCAGCAGAUCAUGCCUUUCGGACAGCCAAGCAUUUGGAGGAGGUCAGCAAUGACUUUUCUGUUACGAAGGAGGUCUUUCGGGAAGACGUUACGCGGAUGGCUAAAGCAGUGCAGGUGCUUGCGAACGAGUUCAGAAUUUUCGAAGAGGAUAACUUUAAGUCUAAUGAGAAGAAGGCAGAGCAAAUCGGUAGUGCAGGCGAUGCAAUCCGAGAGUUGCAAAAGCAGAUCGGAAAGCAAGAACUUCAUGGUUCUACCAUGGAGGAUGGUUUGGAAGUCAUAAAGCAAGAAGUCAACAGCUGUGCGAAGGAGGCUGGUUUGAAGAAACUCGAACGUCGAAUCAUGGACAUGCAAGAAGAGAGUGCAAGGCUUCAGGAAUUUGUCCACGAGAAGUUCUUUCAAAUCCAGGAUCAAGAAAGGAGAGAAAUGAUGGCCGCAUUUGCAGCUCGAUGGGAUCCGUACAACAGAACCAGAUUGCUUCGCAAAACCAUGGAUGGCUGGGUGGAGUUUCUUCGACGCCAGAACAAAUCACGGGAGGCUCUUGCUAGAGUGAAGCAAAUCUAUGCAAAAACACAUGUCACCGCCAGAUUGAGAUCGUGGUGGUACUUGAUGCAGCGAGAUCACACGGACACUCAAUUCAAGCGGCUCUCGGAGAAUUUGGAAACGGCAGAGGCGAAACUGGAAGGCACACGUGGUGCUGUGAUUCGACAUGAGAAAGCUACAGCAGAGCAGGCUCGCAACCUGCAAUAUCGUUUGCUUGCUGUUGAGAAAGGUCUUGAAACCGCAGAGAAGGAGAAGGCCACCAAGCACGAAGUCCAGGAAAGCCUGGACGAGAUUGACCGGCGACUGUCAGAGGAACUUUCUCUGGACCCAGUCAGAAGGGACCUUGCAGAAAUGAAGCUGCAUCUCAAGAAACUGCAGGACAGACAAGCUGCCAAGUUGAUCAACGGUAGAGACUGGAAAACUACUUGGGAAAAGGAAGACAAAUUGGACGCUGCUGUUGCAGACGCUGACCGGGAGAAGGUGCCUUGCCUCUAUCUGCAUUGGAUGACUUUGUGUGAAUAUGGAAUGAGUGUUGUGGCAAAAAAUGUUUGGAAGAAAACAUUUGGAGAAAUGGUUGACGUUUCUAUUCAGUCAAUGGUUGCAAUGGACGCACAAGCCAUGAAAAGCCUCAAGUCGGAAAUCCCGGCGAUCUUGACAUUUUGUUAUGUUGGCAUGGCUGGCAUCUGCGUCUGCCGCCUGGAUGCUGAUGGCCUGGUUCUUAGUGGCGGAUUUGUUGGCAAGCGGCAAGGGGCCCUCGAGUUUGCAGCUGCAAGGUCGCGGCAGAUGCUGCACUGCAGAUCGGCAUGGGUGCUGCCAAAGGCGAAGGUGAACUACACUGGUGCCACAGGGACUCUGAGCUGCAUCCGGCCCAUUGCUGAGGGCGAGGAGAUCGUAGUCUCGUACAUUGACGAGUUUGCUGACGUUCUUUCCAGGCGCUACUUCCUCCUUGAAGCGCAGGGCGUGAAGUGUCUCUGCCCUCGCUGUGCAGCCAACUUCGGCGUCGGGAGAGAUGUGCUGAGUGGUUGGGUGUGUCCCAGCUGUCGAGCGCCUCUGACUGAGGAGGCCAUCCUGUGCCGCUGCGGCUUUUUAGUGACGAAGUUGGAACGACAAAAGCGGCAACAACAGCAACAGCGACUCUGGCAGUCUCUGGUGCAGGAGCUCAGUUUCUUGGUGCGAGGGCAAAGCGAUGAGGACAUCUCUCGGUCCAUGAAGAUGUUGACGGAGGUUCUGGAGGAGCUGAGAAAGCUCCGACCCUAUGGCAGUUGCGCAUCCAUCAAGGCCGCUGCCCAGCUCCGCCGCGGCUACGCGGCGCUGAAGCGGCGCACGCAGCCGCUGGCUGAGUGGGUCCGGAGGAUGGAGCUUGACUACUGCCGAGAACUUUCCAAGCAGCACCAGAUGUUGCAAGAGGAGGUGAAUGCUUUCUGCCAGCAACCGGAGAGUCCCGCGGACGCCUUGGCCGCCUUGCGUCUGGUCAGAGCACUGCGGCUGCAUGAGACGCGGCGCUUGAAACGCAUGGGUCCCAGAGCCGAUGGAGGCUACGUUGUUUUUGACCAUGGUUUUCGACCUUUGUGCAAGUACUUGCUCAGUUAUGGCGUAGGGACCAACGUGGACUUCGAAUGGGAGCUCGCGUGCUCAGGCAGCCGGGUGUUCCUGUUGGAUCACACCGUCAUGGCGUUGCCACGACAACAUCCCAAGUUCACCUUUCGCCAGGAAGCAGUGGCAGAGCAAACCCUGCCAGGCGUUACCAGCGGAAAUAGUGACAAG